CUAUGCGGAUCUGGUCAUGGGUGGCGAUUAAACUUCCGGUACGAAAGAAUAUCUUUUUCCUUAUUUAUAUCGAAAUACAUUAUGCUGUAGUUAUUUUGAGAUUGAUGUUCAAGAAUUUUCAAUUUCGUGUUUACGUAAGAUAAACAUUGGACGAUCGUCAACGAAUGUAGGCCUGAAUGUAGUUAUCAACAAACUGAUAAGAUUUAGAUGCGAUAAUUAAAUAAUUUCUCGUUGACAGUUUAUAGCAUACCAUUGAAUACCUGCAAAAAUAGAUUGGAGUGAAAUGGAUACUUAUGUGAAAUUUUUAAAGGAUUGUACGUGUUAUAGUGAUCGAUCAGAGGAGAUACAUAUAUCUGCUGGUACGGAAGCAAAGUUAAUUGAAUCGCUCAGAGACAAUUGGUCAUUUGUUUGCAAAAUUGGCGAGACUAGAAGUUUAAGGGCGCCUUCAGAUUUAUUAGAACUAAUUUACAAGACUGUAGUUGAAGUCGAUGCAGGGAUUGAGCGAGAUCACUUAUCAUCGCCUAGCCAAGAGAUUCACAACGCGGAACACGUAUCCACCAUUGAGGUGGCCGAGGACACAAUAGAAGGCGGUAGCACAUCAAAAAACCUCUCAGAGCCAACCUACGUAAAUACUGAAGAAAUAAAACAAAUGAAAAAAUUAGGAGGUACCUCGAUAAUUACGAUUGGCGAAAUACCACCAAAACCCAAACCAAAACCAGCACCUCGCCAAAGACCCCAACAAUUUGCUAAAAAUAACAAUACCGCUACUUCACCACACCCUCAGACUAGCUAUCAAGCUCAGACGAAACAAACGCCCGAUUCGUCACCGGGCAACACCCUUGAGAGGAGUGUUACGUCAGAUUAUGGAAGUGAUAACCGUUCUUCUAGUAGUUCGCCUGCUAAACUAUUAGACGAUGAUCCAUUAUACGCUAAUACACAAUUACGGAGUGAUAAUAGUACAUUCCAUAAGAAAAAGUCUAUGGCUCCGCCACCUCCUAAACCUUACGUAGAGAGAGAGCAUUUAGAACCAGAAAAGUCAAAAGUUCAACAAAUUUCCCCCAACUCUCAGUCCCCACCUCCUCCUCCACUUAAUUCUUUCGGUGUACCAUAUCCUGUUGAUGCAACUCUUCAAUAUAACCGUAAUUUUGAGCCAGAACAGGAGAGGGGAUCUUCUGUUUCAUCAGUUACUGAAGAUUUGCCGGAAGGUUGGUCCAGGGUUAACGAAAAUGGCCAUUCAUUUUUAAUCCAUCCAUCUAUCGAGGGUAAAUGGAAUAGUUCAGUUGAUCCGUCAGGUAAAAUGUACUACUAUAACUUGGACACUCAACACUCUGAAUGGAAACUUCCAAUACCGGAUGCUAAAGGUUUUGAUAAAAUGGGUUUUCUUUCAACGCCUGUUCCUCGACGUGGUCAUCCUGUACAUAGAGUCAAAUCAACUUCGUCUCGUACUAAGCCUGUAAUUCAGCCCAAAACGAAACAAGGAACGCUUGCCAAAACGAAAAUAUCUGAUAAUAAUAAAAAGAAGAUUAAAAAAAAUUGGACGUCUGUGUUCGCCGUUACUCAAGGUUCUAAAUUAUGCUUUUAUAAAGAAAAUAAAAAGAGUAGUCUUAGUUCACCUACAAGUUGUUCUAAAGAAAAAAUGGACUCUCAAAUUGAGUUAUGUAAAGCGGAAGUGGUUUUAGUGGGUGAUAAAAGUUCGGAAUCAAGUAGAAAAUAUAUUGUCAAAGUUACAAGCCCUGAAAGUGGAACGUUCCUAUUAUCAGCUGAAAAUACUGCAGAAGCUCAAGAUUGGUUCGAAACUUUGAAUAAUAAUUCUCAUCUACCAUUUAAAUUAGACGGAAUAGAAGAUUCACUUCUUAAGGCAACAAAUUUAUCAUCUUCAAUGGAAAAUUUACCAGGAGCUUCCCAAUCUCCAAUCUUGGAUAAAAAAUCGAAGAAGGACAAAAAAAGAGGAAAUUCGUCACGUGAAAAUACUCUAGAAAGAAAGCAAAGUGUCGAAGAGAAGGGAGGAGGCGCAGGAGGAGGAGGAGGAGGAGGAAGCAACUCUAAAUUUCGAGACUUUUUAUCACGCUUUAUCACUCGCCGCCCAAAUGUUGAACAAGUGAAAGCUAAAGGCAUUCUUAAAGAUCCACUUAUUUUUGGCUCGACCAUAGAAAGCAUCUGUGAACGAGAAAACUCUUUGUGUCCUAAAUUUAUUGAACAGUGUAUAGCAGCCAUCGAGAAGAAGGGACUACAACAUGACGGAAUAUAUAGACUAUCCGGAAAUCAGGCGGAAAUUCAAAGCGUUCGCUGGCAAAUAGAUCAGCAGCAGGAUUUCUGUUUGGAUGACGUUCAAGACAUUAACGUUCUAACUGGUGCACUAAAACUCUUCUUCCGAGAACUAAGUGAGCCUCUAAUACCUUAUGAAGUGUUCGACGAAAUGAUUGAGGCAAUGCAAUUAACACAUAAUGAAAAAUUAGCAAAGAUCCAAUCCUGCAUUAACAAGUUACCAGAAUGUAGAUUGAAUACUUUUUCUAAAUUAAUUAUUCACCUUCGUCGAGUUCUAGAGUUAAAAGGACAAAACAGAAUGCAAGCGCAAAGCAUUGCUAUUGUUUUUGGACCUAACCUAAUGUGGCAAAAGGAAAAGUAUAAUUUAACCAAUGCCAUGACAAACGCUAAUUAUAUAAUGGAUUUAAUAUUAUCUGAAAAUCUCCAAUUUCCUCAAUGA